AAUUCAACAUUGAUCGAUUAUUUUAUGUUUGUAUUCUCAGUAUCAACAAACAUUGAUCAUAUCUCUUAUUUUCUACUUGAAAAUGUCUGAUGGAACUUUUCUAGUAUCAAUUUCGGGGCAAUUAGAAUAUAUAGAAGCGUUUGUAGAAGCUGGAAGCGAUUGGUAUUGCAAGUAUGAAUUUGUAACAGGCCCGGAUUGGAAGUUAAUUGGAGGUAUAGAGGCUGGUCUAUCUCAGAUUUGUAGCGUGAAUAGAAAUGGGGAGAAAAUAGUACUUAAUUUACCUAUAGAAGUUAUGCUGAAAUCCACAAAUGUUUAUGGUUGGCCACAACUAGUAUUAAGUGUUUAUAAAAAUAUGACAUUGGAAGGAUAUGGUAGAUGUCACAUACCUUUGACACCUGGAACUCAUGGCUUAGAUAUAUUCUUGUCAAAGCCUCUAACAUCAACUUUUCUGGGGUAUAUAGCUUCAUUUUUUGGAUAUCAACCCGAAUUAUUACAACCAAAAAUGCUUGCUACUACUGCUGGAAAUCAAUUACUUCGGAUGACUUCAACAGGUCAAGUUAAAGCAACCAUUAGUGUUGUUACUCAAGGUUUCAAGAAUUUAGGUUAUGAUGUGGGACGUGUAAGAUAAAACAGAUGUAUAUUUGAUUAGUGUGAACAAUAAUUCAUAGAUUUUCUAAGAUAACUGUUUUCUUAGAAUCAAUUUCUUUACCAUAAAAUAAGGUUUUGACUGAAAAAUUAUAUUGUGUAGUUGAAAGAAUAAAAAUUUAUUUUGGUAAUCUU